UGAGAGAUGAAGAUUCCUCGCGCUCCAGCGAUGCGAGGGCCAGAGGGGAGACGGGCAGAAACUACGCCAGAGACCGGAGUCGGAAAGACAAAGGGGGCGUGAGAGACCGCGCCGCGCCGGGGAGCGGGCGGCCGGCGGGGCUGGGCGAGGCGGCGGGAGGUGCACUGGCCGAGGGAGGUGUGGGGGCGUGGGCUGCGGGAUCCUGCCGCCCGCUCCGCCUCGAGCUCCAGCUCCGGUUUUUCCCUCCGCCAUCCUCUCCCCCGCCCCGUCUCUCCUUUAACUCCCCCUCCCGGGCUCAGGACUGGUUUCCUCCCUUAGCCCGCUGCCCUCAAUCCCGGCGAGGCUGGGGCUCCGGCUCGGCGCCCCCUUCCUCGCUCCCUUGUCCGACGCCCCAUGCCACCACCGCCGGGUGCCUGGCUCCCUCAGUCCCCGACUUAGGCCCGCUCUCCAAUCCCGGGGUGCUGGUGCCGGGGUUGGGGCGCAGGGAGCUUGCGGACCGCCCCUGGAAGGGCUCUCGAGGGCUGAGCGCUCCGGCGCUGGGCGCGGGCAGAGCAGGAAGCGGGUCCGCGUGGGAGCCCGGGUAUCGGCCGCCCGGGAGGUCGGGGCAGAAUAGCCUGGACAGCUAAGGCAGUCACCCCAGGGAGUGAUCGACUUUGGGGGAGUUGGUGCCCCGCCCCCAGGCCUUGGCGGGGUCAUGGGGGCCCCCCAUUCUAGGCCGGGGGGUGUGCGAGUCGGGGCCCUGCUGCUGCUCGGUUUUUGGGGGCUGGUGUCUGGGCUCAGCCUGGAGCCUGUCUACUGGAAUUCGGCGAAUAAGAGGUUCCAGGCAGAGGGUGGUUAUGUGCUCUACCCUCAGAUUGGGGACCGGCUAGACCUGCUUUGUCCCCGGGCCCGGCCUCCUGGCCCCCACUCCUCUCCUAAUUAUGAGUUCUACAAGCUGUAUCUGGUAGGGGGUGCCCAAGGCCGACGCUGUGAGGCACCCCCUGCCCCAAACCUCCUUCUCACUUGUGACCGGCCAGACCUGGAUCUCCGCUUCACCAUCAAGUUCCAGGAGUAUAGCCCUAACCUCUGGGGCCACGAGUUCCGCUCGCACCAUGAUUACUACAUAAUUGCCACGUCAGAUGGGACCCGGGAAGGCCUGGAGAGCCUGCAGGGGGGUGUGUGCCUUACCAGAGGCAUGAAGGUUCUUCUCCGAGUGGGACAGAGUCCCCGAGGAGGGGCUGCUCCUCGAAAGCCUGUGUCGGAAAUGCCCAUGGAAAGAGACCGAGGGGCAGCCCACAGCCUACAGCCUGGGAAGGAGAACAUGCCAGGUGACCCCACCAGCAAUGCAACCUCCCGGGGUGCUGAAGGCCCCCUGCCCCCUCCCAGCAUGCCCGCAGUGGCCGGGGCAGCAGGGGGGCUGGCGCUGCUCUUGCUGGGCGUGGCAGGGGCUGGGGGUGCCAUGUGUUGGCGGAGACGGCGGGCCAAGCCUUCGGAGAGUCGCCACCCUGGUCCUGGCUCCUUUGGGAGGGGAGGGUCUCUGGGCCUGGGGGGUGGAGGUGGGAUGGGACCUAGGGAGGCUGAGCCUGGGGAACUAGGGAUAGCUCUUCGGGGCAGUGGGGCUGCAGACCCCCCCUUCUGUCCCCAUUAUGAGAAGGUGAGUGGUGACUAUGGGCAUCCUGUGUACAUCGUGCAGGAUGGGCCCCCCCAGAGCCCUCCGAACAUCUACUACAAGGUAUGAGGGCUCCGCCCACCUGGCUCUCUCGGAUCCAGCCCUUCUUGCGGUGCUCCUCCGUGUAAUUCAUGGUUGGAGAAACACCUCUGGCAUCUCCUUGGCCCCUUUUGCCCCACCAGCCUCUUUACUCCUCCUGGCUGUUGCCCUCUUCUCUACUUGUAGGAUUCCUUAAGAUUUUCACUGAAUCACUUCCUGCCCUGUGGUUGGCCACGUGUGCCCUCUCUGUCUGUGUCCCUGUGUCCUAUUCCCUUGGGGAGGAGGCAGAAACCAGCUGCCUCUUCUGAUGACCCAGGGAUGCUUGCUCCCCAUACCCACUGAGAGCCAGGGGCGGGAACAGUCUGUCUUUUGCUUGGCACCUCUUUCUUUCUGCCUCUCACUGUUUUUCUCUUCUCUUCUCUCUCUCUCUCUCGUUCUCUUUCUCUCUUCUGUCUCUAGGUCUGUUCCUCUUCCCUAGCAUCCCCCUCCCUACAUCUCCUUUUACCCUCUUGGCUUCUUACCCUGUGCCUCUUCCAUCUCCUGGGUGGGGGCAAUCAAAGCUUUUCUCCCCUCAGCUCCCUCUUCUGACCUCUUGUCAACCACUCCCCUCAAUCUGCCAAAAAUGGGGGCCUUAUGGGGAAAGCUCUGGCAGUCCACCCCAGCUCAGGGCAUGGGCAGCAGGGCCUCCUUCUCUGCCCUGCCCCAGGCCUCUGCAUACUUAACUCCAGCCAUUUGGGGUGGUUGGGUUAUGACAGCCUCCAUGAGAAGUAUCCUGUUUGUCCAGUGGCCAAUCACAAGAUGCGAACUGGUUGGGACACAUAUGGACUUGGUCUGAUGUUGAAUGGGUCACUUGGGACAGGAAGUGAUUUGCUCCAGACAAGAAGUGACCAGGCCUGGACAGAAGUGGCCUGGUGAAGUGGCAAAAGCAGUACAGCAGGAACUGGAAGUGCCUUCAUCUGGCUGGAACUCAAGUGACUUAAUCUGGGGGGUGGGGGGCGGGAGGUGGAUGGUUCUCACUCUGUGGAGAAGGGGAGCAGGACAGUCCUUACUGAGGAGGAUUUUCCUAGUAUGCAGUGGCAUUUCCCAGGACCUCCCUUCCUUUGUUCUCUGUGCUACUUCGAAGACAGCUAAGAUGACUGCCAUCUGCUGUGGUAGGCCCAAUUUGUCUUGUUGUUCUUCCCUGUCCACAUUUCAGUAUAAUCUGUCACUCAACAGGACUCCCCCAAGAACCCCUGUGUUGUCCCCCAGUAGCCCAGAUGGCUGUCUUGUUCAUCACAUCCUCCAUUUCCUACUCUCUUCAGAUUCAACACAGCUCCCUUCUUAGUGACCAGAAUGGUGGCCUACUGACUGGUCUAGCUGACAGUGGCACUUAGCAACUGCCACUGUUCCAUAGGGACCAGCUUAUACCUCUUCCUGCCCUCCAGUACACAAGUGAGUGUUCCCUCAGUUUCCUUCCAGCUCAGUUUCAUUAGACCAGAGCUGCCCUUGGGCACCAGUCCGCCACCUCAAUCACCAGCCAACAUGGUCCACCGGAUGUCAAGUCAUCGCUCUGCUGUAGUUCCCGGCUCCUUCCUGAUUUUUCUAAUUGCUCCAUCCAGGGAACAGGAAGCUGCUAUUGCCAUGCCGGAGGUGGCGGGGUAUGGCUGUCAUCUCAAUAGUUUUAUUGUAAAAGGGAAAUUUGAACAACAAAAACCAAAAAAAGAAUAAAAAACUUCAA